GCUAUGAUGAACCAAAUUAAAAGACAAUAGGUGUGCCUCGACGAGUUCCCCCUGGGCAGGCCUAGAAGAUGGAGUGACGCCUUCAUCGUCCCCUGCGCUUCCUUCUUAUAAGCAGACCACUUCUCUCUCUCUCAAUUAUAAUGGCGGCCCAUCUAGAUCGCUGUUCAGAGGAUGAACAUCAAUGUCGCUGCAACCUUCUGCACCAUCACUCAUCCUCCCUGAAUUCCCAGCUCAGCCUCCCAUCGCUUCCUUCUCUCACCACCGGCCUCCGCCCCGCCGCCCACUACCACUGCAUCGCCACUUUCAAACCCCACCACUCUUACACCUCCUCCCUCGCCCUCGCCGGCAAAUUCCUCCACACCGGCUCCUCCGACAAACAAAUCUGCCUCUGGAAAUGCGCCACCCUCACCUCCACCUCCGAUCACCACGACGACCCCGUCCCCCACACCGUGGAGGCCGGAAACGGUGCCAUCAAGUCCCUGGUGGUUCUCGCCGACAAACUCUUCAGCGCCCACCAAGACCACAAGAUCCGGGUGUGGCGAAUCGACGGCCGCGAAGCCGACCGGCAUAAGCUCACUCGUUUGGCCACCCUCCCCACGCUGGGCGACCGCGCCGCCAAAAUUCUGGUUCCUAAGAACCACGUGGAGAUCCGGCGGCACAAGAAGUCGACGUGGGUCCACCACGUGGACGCCGUCUCGGGGCUGGCUUUGUCGAGCGACGAAACUCUGCUCUAUUCGGUUUCGUGGGACCGGACGCUGAAAAUCUGGCGGACGGGCGACUUCAGGUGCCUGGAAUCAGUGAGGAACGCCCACGACGAUGCGAUCAACGCCGUGACGGCGUCGCCCGACGGCCGGAUUUACACCGGCUCCGCGGACAAGAAAAUCAAGGUGUGGGAAAGAAACCCGGAAGAGAAGAAGCACACACUGGUGGCGGUGCUGGAGAAGCACAACUCCGGGAUCAAUGCGCUGGCGGUGAGCGGCGACGGGGCGGUGCUGUAUUCGGGGGCUUGCGAUCGGUCGAUAGUCGUGUGGGAGAAGCGGGAGGAGGGCGGAGAGAUGGCGGUGGCCGGCGCGCUGAGGGGCCACAGCGGGGCUGUUCUGUGCUUGGCGGUGAAGGCAGAGCUGGUUUUCAGUGGGUCGGCGGAUAGGAGUGUGAGGGUUUGGAGACGGAUUGGCGGCGGCGGCGGCGUAAGCUACUGUUGCUUAGCGGUGGUGGAGGGGCACGCCGCGGCGGUGAAGUGCUUGGCGGUGGGGUAUAAUCAGAGCGAGCCCGGUGAUGCGACGUCGUCCUGUGUUCUAUACACUGGAAGCUUGGACUCUGACGUUAAGGUGUGGAGGAUCUCUUGCCCCGUCAUUUAGUGGGCAGCCACCUCCCGUGUAGUGUAGCAUCCGAUGAGAAGUUAAUCUUCUCAUAAAAUUUAGAAUUUUACUUCUAUAGUUUUGAUGAUGGUAUGGUGAAGAGACUUAAGUUGACAUGUCAGUUAUUAUAUCUAGAUAAUUAUUUUAAUAAAAUGUAUUUUACACAAGUGUGAUUCUUUUAACUUUUUUUUUUUUUUUUUAAUAACUAAUCUUUG